CCUCGUCGCCAGGUUCGCGUCUGCUCGAAGCAUAUGAUACGAGGACCAUCUCAUCGUAUACUCUGGGUACCCUGUCGUCAUUGCAUUCGUUACAGGAAGAAACAUGAAAAUCUAAUGAAGGAUUGCCGGAUUCAGUCACCAGCGCGACAGGAUCCUUUCGCCGAGGAACAUCGGGUUUGACUUUGGAGAUCUGGGGGACCGCCUGGUUUUUGAACGCACCUCCCCUGGGCGUCCCUCGCACAUCCCACAAUUUGGUCCGCCAAUCGCUGGUCUUUCCCCAAAUAUGAAACCGAGGAUGUUGGUCCGUCACUGCGGGGAGUCUUGAUAUGGAUCUACAGGAGCAGGCGGGGAAGCCAUACUUGUUUUCGUCACCACGAACGUAUAUCAGUCGCGAGCAGAUGUUUUUAAAGUAGACGACACUGCCGGUCAGGGCGUGGGGUUAAUCGAUUGAGACUUUGCAUUUUUUAAUUUACUCAAACCACACAAUCAACGCACAAUGACAUCGACUAACACACCGUCGGGAUUCAUCGGAAACCUUUCCACGGAGCAGGAGGCCAAAUUGAGGCAGCUCUGGACGAUACUCCUGAAGGCCUUAGAGGCCUCCGGCGUGGAAGGGCCACCGCAGCGCAAACAGUCCGUCUCCGGCACCGAUAGCAAUGUUUCCGGCCGCGACAGCACCGCUUCAACUCGCGCAGACUCAUCACAAUUCACCAAGAGCCUCCAAGAGACGGGGUUGAACGCCACACAAAUCAGGGUCGUCCAGCAAGCCUUAGCCAAUAUGACCACUGACGAGCUCCACCAGGGAUUCUUGACCAGCUUCAAGAAUGAGAAUCCGGAUGUCCUGAUGCUCCGAUACCUCCGGGCCCGCAAGUGGGAUGUGUGCAACGCUUUCGCAAUGAUGGUGGCUGCGGUCGAAUGGCGGGUGAAGGAAAUGCGGGUGGAGGAAGUGCUGCAGAAUGGCGAGCUCCAUGCGUUGAAGCAGGAACAGAACAGCGUGAACCCAGGCGAACAAAAGGAUGGUAGCAGUUUCCUAGCGCAGAGCCGCAUGGGCAAAUGCUUCCUUCACGGCGUGGACAAGAUCGGUCGGCCCAUUGUUGUGAUCAGAGUGCGCUUGCACAAGCCGGGAGAGCAGACUGAAGAAGUACUGAAUCGGUACAUUGUCAACGUUAUCGAAUCCGUCCGACUUUUGCUGCGGCAACCAGUGGAAACUGCUACGGUUGUUUUCGACAUGACAGGCUUUUCCCUCUCGAACAUGGAGUACCCGCCUGUGAAGUUCAUUAUCCGCUGUUUCGAAGCCAAUUAUCCCGAAUGUCUCGGGGUUCUGCUGAUUCACAACGCGCCAUGGAUUUUUUCCGGUAUCUGGAGACUCAUCAAGGGAUGGAUGGACCCCGUCAUCGUUUCCAAGAUUCAAUUCACCAAGUCCGUCAGAGAUCUGGAGAACUACAUCCCACGAGAGAGAAUCUUCAAGGAGCUGGGUGGUCCGGAAGACUGGGAAUACAAGUACAUUGAGCCGGAACAGAAUGAGAACAAGAGAAUGGAUGACACUACCACACGGGAGGCUCUCGAGGAAGAGCGACGAGAUAUUGUCAAGGAGCUCUUAACCACGACGUCGUCAUGGAUCACGGCCACAGAAAACAAGGACAACGGGCAGGUCCAGACUACCAAGGCUCGACGGAAUGAGCUGGCAGAGCAGCUGAGCGCCAAUUACUGGAAACUGGAUCCGUAUGUGCGCGCUCGUAACUACCUGGACCGCGCCGGUGUCAUUCCAGAUGUUGGUUUUCAACCACAGCAGGUAGUGAAGAUGGAAAAGGAGCUGGAAAUAGAGCAACAUGAGACAGCUCCGGCUCAUGUUCUUAGUGCGUAG